GCUUUCCAAAUAGCAAAGCUUAAAAGCUACUUGUGUGGGCUCCCGAGGAGAUUCCUCCGCUUCUCCAAGGCUAGUUUUUUCUUAUCAGGGUAUGCUGAUACUGCUGUUUCAUAUGUCUUCAAUUGAUGGAAUUUUUUACUGGGGACUGGCACUCUUAUCAGUGGACAUGUCGGCAGAACAAUAUAUGAAGGAGUUUCUCAGUGAUCAACUAACAGUUAAUCAAUCGGAACAGGUUAUAGAUCAACUGGCAGUUGAUCAAUCGGUACUGGUUAUAGAUCAAUUGGCAGUUGAUCAAUCGGAACAGGUUAUAGAUCAACUGGCAGUUAAUCAAUCGAAACAGGGUAUAAAUCAACUGGCAGUUAAUCAAUUGGAACAGGGUAUAGAUGAUGCGAAUAAAACAAAUAAUCGCAUAGAUGCUUGGACGUUUAUUGCAAGAUUUGCAGGGGCCGUUUUAGGCGGGGUGCUGUUAUCAGAUUCUUCAAAAAGUAAACAGCUCUAUAUUCCAGCAAUUUUUGUGGGAAUUGGCAGCAUAUUUUGCUAUUCUUACAGCAUAUGUUAUAAGGUAUCUUUAGGAGAUCAUAAAGGGCAAAAGCAUGAAUUAAGGCCGCUUCUGAAAUAUCUACCUCUGUGGGCACCUUUCCUUAUAUAUUAUGUUGUUGAUGCAGCAGGUAGCGCCUUCUUUGAUUAUGAAGCUUAUUUGUAUAUAAUAGAGAAAUUUUCUGGAAUCAUAAUAUCGCGUUUAAUUGGUUAUGUAAUCACAAAGUUUUGCAGCAAGGUAAACCAACAGGUACAACAACGCAUUAGGCUAGCGAAUAUUAUUUUCGGGAUGUUGGUUUGUUUUUUGCUCUGCAUUGACACUUGGCAUGUUCAGGCUAAAAGAAAAUCAGAAGGCUCAUUCACCUUCACUCUACAGUUUAUCUUGUUAGGAAUUAUGAAACAAAUGGUUAAAGAAAUGUUAGGAGAAUACUUCUGUGACCAAGUACCAGAUAAAUCCUUGCAUCAUUUGGAAUUCACAUUCAAUAGCUUUGUGGAAGGAAUGGGAAGAUUGUUAGCUGUGGUUUCUAUUCUAGUUUUUAGAAAUUGGAUUGGUGAGACUGUCAACAAUAGCCAUUUAGACAAAUACUUUCGAACAUUGGCAUUUAUGAGCUUAUGUGCCUUACUUAUGUUCGUAUAUCUAUCCAAUACUUGUUAUUUGAAGAAAGAAACAAAGGAUCAUGAUGACUAUCUUAAGAAGUUGGAAGAAGGUAGCCUCAGUCCAGCAGCACGCCCAGACUUGGACAGUUCAAGACCUUCUGUUAAUAGAGACUACUGGUCAAUUGUAAAAGGGUAAUUAUCUAUUUUUCUUUUAAUUCUUUCUCCACUCUUUUCAAACUCAAUUACAUUAAUUGCAGAUAAUAAAGAAUUAUGAAAUAUCUAGGUACCAAAGAUGCCAUGGCUUUUUAAGGUACAUCAAGGAACGCUUGGGGGCGAAGGAAAAGUCUAGUUGAUAACCAUUGCUUCACAAACUUGUUCUAAACGACCGUGAAUGGUUUCACUUUUGAUGACAGUGAUCUGUUAUUAUUAUGUUCUCAUUUUGUGCUGCUGUGUAAGUGUUUAUGGUUACUUAUGUCAUGGAUGUGCUUAAUUGUUAAGAUUCAUUUUAAUUAAUUCUUGUAUAAUAUAGCUUCUCUUGUGAACUUUGUAUAUAUGACCCUCUGUAUUAAAUAUGGUUGUGUUUAUGUUAUAAAUACUUAUAUGUUCA